UGGGGGCAAUCAUGGUGCCGCUGGGGAGGGAAGAAGGUGCUACCGCCGCCGUUGCCGGGAGCCGCGAAGAAAGGUCAUUACCUUUCCAUUUCUCACAAUUGAGCUGAGCACGGUUGAACCAUGGGUGAACACAGUCCAGACGACAACAUCAUCUUCUUUAAGGCAGAGGAAGAUGAGCUGACCCCCGAAGACAAAAUGCUCAGGUUUGUGGAUGAAAACGGACUGGUGCCUUCCUCAUCUGGAACUGUUUAUGAUAGGACCACUGUUCUUAUUGAGCAGGACCCUGGCACUUUGGAGGAUGAAGAUGAUGAUGGACAGUGUGGAGAACACUUGCCUUUUCUAGUAGGGGGCGAAGAGGGCUUCCUAAUAGAUCAGGAAGCAAUGUCCCAGGGUUACGUGCAACACAUUAUCUCACCAGAUCAGAUUCAUUUGACUAUAAACCCUGGUUCCACACCCAUGCCAAGAAAUAUCGAAGGUGCAACUCUUACUCUGCAGUCGGAAUGUCCAGAAACAAAACGUAAAGAAGUAAAGCGGUACCAGUGCACCUUCGAGGGUUGCCCCCGCACCUACAGCACAGCAGGUAACCUACGUACCCACCAGAAAACUCACCGAGGGGAGUACACCUUUGUCUGCAAUCAGGAGGGCUGUGGCAAGGCCUUCCUCACCUCCUACAGCCUCAGGAUCCAUGUGCGAGUGCACACGAAGGAGAAGCCAUUUGAGUGUGAUGUGCAAGGCUGUGAGAAGGCGUUCAACACACUGUACAGGUUGAAAGCACAUCAAAGGCUUCACACAGGGAAAACAUUUAACUGUGAAUCUCAAGGCUGCAGCAAAUACUUCACCACACUCAGUGAUUUGAGGAAGCACAUUCGAACCCACACAGGAGAAAAGCCAUUUCGAUGUGAUCAUGAUGGCUGUGGAAAAGCAUUUGCAGCAAGCCACCACCUGAAAACUCAUGUCCGUACGCAUACUGGUGAAAGACCCUUCUUCUGUCCCAGUAAUGGUUGUGAGAAAACAUUCAGCACUCAGUAUAGUCUCAAAAGUCACAUGAAAGGGCACGAUAACAAAGGACACUCAUACAGUGUACUUCCACAACACAAUGGAUCAGAGGAUACAGAUCACUCACUUUAUCUGAGUGACUUGGGCCUUCUGUCCACAGAUCCUGAAUUGCAGGAAAAUUCCAAUACGACACAGGACCAGGACCUCAGCACAAUUUCACCAGCAAUCAUCUUUGAAUCAAUGUUUCAGAAUUCAGAUGAUGCAGCAAUUCAGGAAGAUCCUCUGCAGACAGCUGCCUUGAUUGAAAGUUUUAAUGGUGAUGCAGAAUCAGUCAGUGAUGUUCCGCCACCCACAGGAAAUUCAGCAUCUUUAUCUCUUCCACUUGUACUGCAGCCUGGCAUCUCCGAGCCACCCCAGCCUCUGCUACCAGCCUCAGCUCCGUCCGCUCCUCCGCCUGCUCCCUCCCUAGGACCUGGUUCCCAGCAAGCUGCAUUUGGCAACCCCCCUGCUCUCUUACAACCUCCAGAAGUGCCUGUUCCCCACAGCACACAAUUUGCUGCUAAUCAUCAAGAGUUUCUUCCACACCCCCAGGCACCCCAGCCCAUUGGACCAGGACUUUCCGUUGUUGCUGGGGCUUCUGCAGCAGCAGCAGCAGCAGUGGCAUCAGCCGUGGCAGCACCAGCCCCACCACAAAGUACUACUGAGCCCCUGCCAGCCAUGGUCCAGACUCUGCCCCUGGGUGCCAACUCUGUCCUAACUAAUAAUCCCACCAUAACCAUCACCCCAACUCCCAAUGCGGCUAUCCUGCAGUCCAGCCUAGUCAUGGGAGAACAGAACUUACAGUGGAUAUUAAAUGGUGCCACCAGUUCACCACAAAACCAAGAACAACUUCAGCAGUCAUCUAAAGUUGAACAGGUAUAUUUUACCACCGCAGUACCAGUAGCCGGUAGCACAGGGAGCUCUGUCCAACAGAUUGGCCUCAGUGUUCCUGUGAUCAUCAUCAAACAAGAGGAGGCAUGUCAGUGUCAGUGUGCAUGUCGGGACUCUGCGAAGGAGCGGGCGUCCAGCCGGAGAAAGGGCUGUUCUUCCCCACCCCCUCCAGAGCCGAACUCCCAGCCUCUUGAUGGGUCCAGCCUGCAGCUACCACCCUAGACUUUUUCCUCUUCCCUCCCUCUCCCCAUCCUCCUCCUCCACCGGACCCUCUUCCUGUGAGCAAAGCAGACAGGCCGAGGCUCCUUCAGACCCUCAGGCAGCAACUUUAAGUGCCAUGGAUGUGUCAGAGUUCCUGUCCCUCCAGAGCCUGGACACCCUGUCCAAUCUGAUUCACAUUAAAGCACUACUGCAGGGGGAGGAGGAGAUGGGCCUGACCAACAGCUUCUCCAGGGGAAAGGCCUAUAUGCACUCACCUCCAGGAAGAGGGUGAGCAGGAAGCACAAAGUGCGAUGCCUGCCAUCAUGGGGUCAGAAAUUGGAAGGAUGAAGAAAUCUGCUGUUUGAAAGCCUCACCUUUCAGACGUAUUUUCUUUAUUCACAUCCUAGGAGCACCCGUUUUAAUGAACUGAUCUUUUGAAAAAAACAAAAAACAAAAAAAAGCUAAGUUAUAAGUGAACUGUUUGGCUGCACUGUAUGUCACUUUUGCUUAUUGUUAUGUGAACUUGGAAAUUAAGGUUACUCGUAUGCAUAAAAAUUCUAAAUGAAAGGGUGUGGUUUCCAUCAAUCUGGUACUGCCCAUCAUUUGCACUGGGGUUUUUGUGGAUUGGGCAAGAGAGUUCAGUGUGCUGGGUGUUGCUCCUCCCUGUGUGUCUUUUUGAAUCUGAGGCUAACAUUUGUCUGGAAAGCCAGAUCCUUCCUUUUCCAUCAAAGUAGGUAGUGGCAAGGGCAGGUGAGACAGCUGUGAGUUGGACAGGGUUCGCCUGAGAUGGUUUUGUUGUUUGCACUUGGCAUUGAUGGAGCCCCUGGUGGAUGCUUCAGAGGCUGUCCUGUAGCCCGCUCAGAACAAAUGGGCAGCUUCAAGCCUGACCGGCACUGUGGAUAUAGCCUGGUUCUACCAGGGUCCUACACAAGCUGUUGACUGCUGUCUGUUGAUGAUGUGUGUACAGAGCAGGCUCUAACAACAUAACCACAGUCUACCUUCCUGGUUCUUUCCAUCUCUUAGUUGCUUGCUAGGGCUCUCCCUGCGGAACAUCCCUAUUUUGUCCUAGAGUGAACACAUAGCUAAUGGCCAGUUAGCAGCUGGAGCUCUGCCUUCCUUUGACAGUGUUUUCAUCCUUAGAGCAGAAGGCCUUCAUCUUGCUUUCCCAGGGGAAGGUGCAGAUUGAAGGGAGUGUGGAUGAGGUGGCAAGUUAUUGACAGGCCAGGUGCUCUGGUUCCAGGUUCUAGCCAGACUUUUGGUUGCCCCAUCCCAUCUCUACCCCUCAUCUCUGGAUUUUGCAUACAGCCUAAUACAGUGCAAACAAGGAUAUGACUUGCUCGACUUAGUCAUGUGAUUUAUAAGCAAAAAGAAAAAAAAAAACCACACAAAGCAAUGAUCUUCUCAG